AUGAACAUUGCUAUACAGUUUAAAGUGGCUCCAAAGAUCUACAAAACUUCAAAUAGUAUUAGCCAGAAAACUAUUAAAAGGCGUCAAAAUCAAAUACACCAAUCACUCGUUGAAAAAGCAGGACUAGCAAAAAAAGCAAAAAUAAAUCAAGCAGCACUUAUGCUUAAUUCUUUUAAUGACAAUGAUAAAAUUAAUAUACUUAAAAAAGCAAACAUCCCCCAAGUUCAGAUAGAGUCAAAAGACAUUGUAUCACUAAAGGCAUAUUGUGGUUUACCUUGGGAAAAAAUGAUUAGCUUUUUCCACACAAAAAAUGUCAAACUUUCGUCACUUUCCAAUCAGCGAAAGGUUUCAAAAUAUUGGUCAGGUGAUGAUUUGAUUGUUGAAAAUAAAAAAUUUCUGUUUGAAUUGAAAAAUAAAAAAGAAACUUUUGAAAUAAAAAAUACCCCUACAGCAUAUAUUAAUGAUUUGCCAUCACAUUUAAUCAAGUUACUUGAUAAAUUAGAAAGAUAUAACCAACUAACAUAUGAAAAGAUAAAUCAAAGUGAAAUACAUGUAAAGAUUGGUGGCGACCAUGGAGGUGGUUCAUUUAAAAUGAGCUACCAGAUUGCGAAUGUUUCUAAACCCAAUUCAAAGAAUAAUUCGACAGUUUUCAAUAUAUUUGAGGCCAAAAAUUAUAGAGCAAAUCUUAAAAUUGGGCUCUCAAGACACAUAGAUGAAAUUAGACAGCUUCAGACAAUAAAAUGGAGGGAAAAGAAUUUACAAGUAUUUAUAUUAGGUAAUUAUGUAUUCAUGUGUGCUAUCUAUGGUAUCACAGGAGCAACUGGUCGUCAUUGCUGCUUAUUCUGUGAGAUCACAUCAAGUGAAAUGCAAUUGAAUACUGAAAAUCGGAAUUAACAAAACAAUUUAAGAACGCUUCAAACUUUGAAAUUGGAUUAUGAACGAUUCAAAAAUAAUGGAGGCAACAUUAAAAAUGCAAAGAAAUUCAAUAAUGUAAUCGAUGAGCCAUUGUCUGAUAUACCAUUUGAUCAGGUGUGAUAAAUAAUUUGUUGCUA